CUUCUGUGGAUGAACAUGCGUUUACUGGAAGUAGUUCACCUCAUGAUCAUCAUGAUAUUUCACCAUUAAUUUCAUCUCAAUUAAAUCGUAAAGAGUCAAGUGGAUCUUCAAAUUGUGAAAAGGAUUUCACAAAUAUUUCUAGAAAGAAUGCAAGGAUGUCAAUAAUAUCUAGUAGAGAUAAACCAAUAAUUAAAGUGACUACUUCAACAUCAUCUUUUAGAAUACCUGCAAAUCUUACCGAUGAUGAAUUUAGUGAUACAGAUGAAAACUUACCACCAACUAAUAAUAAUAAAGUUAUUAAAUCAGGAAAUUUUGUUGUGAGCAAUAAUAAUAAUGAAAAGAAAAAGAAAAAAGUAACCUUGAUAGAUGGUGAUCAAAAAGCUUCGGUAAGAUUUCAACAAAGACAGCAAGAGUUAUUAAAACAAAAACAAAAAUCAUUAGCGUUAAUGAUUGGUGAUAAUGGAAAUUAUGAUACUCGAACAACACAGCAAUUUCCAAACAUAAUAAAUCAA